AUGGUCUCGGCACUCAACAAAAGAGCCAAGGUUCCCAGUCGCCGCGAGCUUCUUUCGAGGAUGCGCGCUGUGAAAACGGCCCUCGAAAGCGAAGUCGCCCUCAUGCUGGAUGCCGAGUUCGUAGCAAUCACCACGGACGGCUGGACAUCUCGGAACAACGAGUCCUACAUGUCGCUGACCGUGGCCUACAUCGACUACGAGUGGAAGCUGCACCAUCUUUCUUUGGACUGCGCGAAGCACACGGGGACAACCACGGGUGAGGACUUGGCGGCGUUGGUGGCGGGAAUGGUUGAACGCCACGACCUAACCGGUCGGGUGAUUGCAUGCGUCACCGAUUGCGAGCCGUCUAUGAUCAAGGCGGGUCGCCUGCUUGAGGUGGACGGGAGUACGAUUUCGCACAUCGGCUGCUCGAACCACCGCAUGGAGUCAACGACGUCAUCGGUCUUCAACGGCAGGAGUCUUGGCGCCUUGGGCCUUGCGCGAACGCUAGUAGGACGCUACAAAAAGUCGAGUCAGAUGGCGGCUCGCCUCGUCCAAUUGUGCGGCAUCCUCCAGAUGGAACCGCUGUCCGUGAUGCAAGACGUCGAGACGAGGUGGUGGUCGACAUGGGCGAUGGUCGUGCGUCUGCUCUACCUGAUGAAGGCCAUCAAGCUUCAUGAGUCGAUGGACGAAGUCCACCCGCUGUUGUCGGACACGGACUGGGAGGUGCUGCGGUUGAUCGAACCAAUCCUGCGACCGUUCAUGAAGGCGCAGAAAGACCUGGAGGGGGCCCAGUACGUGACGGGUAGCAUGACCAUCGGGAAAAUGGCGGAGUUGCGAGAAGGGCUUGAGGCCGCAAUCACAGACCUCAAGGCCGUUGCGCAACAGGGGCUCAAAGAGACUACGCAGAAGGCGAUGGAAGCCGUUCGUCCGGAUGCGGAAGCCCUGAUGGCGGAUUUCACCAACCGUUGGGGCGACGGCUCCAACAUACUCGAGUACAGGGAGGGCAAGCGUCGCCAACCGCAGGGGUUCAAGCGGAAGCAGGUGUACGCAACGGCCCUCGACCCGCGGGCCAAGCACCUCUACGGGAUACAGCAGCGAGAGCACGCAGGCGUAUGGCGCGCUGUCGCUAGCGCCGCGGUGGACAUUGCUCUGGGGAAGCACGCUGGCGAUAAGGCACCCGCCUCCGCGGAGAAACCUGCUUCCGAUCCCGUCCAGACGCAGCCGGCCCCACUUGGAGGGGGCCAGGGAGCCUCGAAGCGCCCUCGCAUGAGCGCGUUCGAGGCCGCCGCUGCUGCCCACGCUGCAGAUGCAGGGGAUAGCAAUGCCGGCGAUUCCGCGGAUGAGAAACGCGAGCAACUGGUGGCCAUCGUGGACAUGGAGGUCUCUGCCUUCAAGGCCGCACCCGGGAUACGGGUUUGGGACAUGCAGAAAACCAACACGGGAGACAAGAAGGUCUUCAACAAUCCCCUGGACAGGUGGCGCAAGAAGCAAUUGGAGUACCCUCUGCUCGCGGCGCUGGCUCGUCGUGUGCUUGCCAUUCCGUCAUCUCAAGCGCAAUCCGAGCGCGUGUUUUCUACGGCAGGGCUAACCGUGACGCCCACGCGGAGUCGCCUUUUAGACGAAAACGUCGAGCUCCUCGUGUACUUGCGCAACGUGUGGGGUGUAGUGGAUGAGUGGAAGAAGAGUGCUACUCGCAAAAAGAAGAUUGCUGUUUCGAUGCUCUAACCAGCACGUCGUCGUGAUUGUCGUGGAUUUUCCGCUUUUUUUUUUUGUGUGGAGCAGGUCACGUGUGGACGGUUGGUUUUUACCCACCGCAACGUCGAGAAGUUAUCUAGAUCUAGAUCUCGCAUUUUCGAAGUACGGUAGUACGGCCGACCGGAUGUCUGCGUCUGAAAUUGUUGCUGGCCGGGCGGGUGGUGGGCUUUGGGCUUGGGUUGAGAAGAACUUAGGCUGUGUUGUAGAAACAUGACAAGAUUCAGAGAGAGAGGGAGGACGAGGGAGGUGGGAACGUGUUUUGGAAGCAGCUUCGUGAAGACGUUCAAACGUGGUCGUGUUGUACCACCCAACCAAAGCUUCGAAAGAGAACUGACUAAUCAUCUGUCAUUU